UGCCAUGAUCCUUGAUGAUACUGCAGCUUUGUGAAGUGUAGACGGUGAACAGCAUAGGCUUGCGGCGCCGGCAAGGCUGUGCGGGCGGGCAUGUCGCUAUCGCCAGGGAGCUCAUGGUGUUGCAGACCAUCCACGAAGCCGCCCGACUCUUCGACCACGACACUUCCGCAAUAUUCUAUGAUCGACAGCCCGAGAAGCAGCAGCACAGGCAGCGGAGUUGCCAACUUGUCUGGGUACACCGGUUCCGGGACCGGAGGGCUUGGUGUUGGCACACCGGGGCGGCGUUACGGAGACGGUCGCAAGGAGACCCUCAACCCUCAGCACCACACCCUGUCCGACGGAGGUGAAGGCAUGAGAGUGCGACUGGACGAACGCUCGGAGUUGGCACCAACCAGCGCCAUCGCAGGCAAACCACAACCACGGACAGAGACAGGAGGCAAACCGAGGAUAUCAAACAACGGCAGAGCUUGCGUACGGGUCUUACGAUGGCGGAACGACAUGAAAUCGUCGCUAGGUGCCAACAGCAAGCCAAAGGGAUCCAGAACGGCGAGCCAGCUCGACGGACACAGCGACAGCACCAUCAGCUUGACUAUGAGCCACCACGUGCAUUCGGUAUGCGGGCCAGGCGACACGAUACGUACUCAUGAGAGCAUCCUGCUUGCUCUGGUCCUUUGAAGAGCCGCCGGACGAUGUGCCCAUCAAGGCCAUCCCUCUUUCACACCAAGGCACCAUCUGCAACAGAGCGCAAGGACAGGCAGAUUUUGGCAGACUGCCUCCAGUAUGACCCAGGAUAAAUGGCUUAGGGAGGAGGUGAAGACAAAUCGGCAACCACUAGGGGUUACAUGCUACUGGGUUGAAGCAUCCGCGGGAGCUUAAACAAACAGUACGGCGUGUG